CCCGGCCCGUGCUCGCACCAGCUUGGCUUGGACAAAACCCAUUCGUCUGGCUUGUGCUGCUUGAGUGGGCCUCGUCGCUCUGCUUCUUGUAACUAGGACAGAAGGCUCUCGUUACCGGUGAACUCUUAGCUCGUCCUAGAGAUGGCAGCAAAGUGGGCCUACUUGUACGUGGCCGUACUGGCAGCCGUUGUUUUGCCAUGUGCAGAAGCUAGCACGCAGCCUAUUUGCUAUCCUGGAGGAACGUAUAACUUUGUGAAUGGAUUGGGUCUAAAUCAAUUGCCCCCUGGGGUAACUGAAUCAUGUGACGAAAAUGAUGUCGUUGCUUAUGAAGUGUCCAAGUCAACAUCUGUCUCGGAAACUUUCAGAAGAGUGCUUGACAAGGGUUAUGUGCCGCGAAAUGCACUUGAUGAUUUUAACAUUGGCUCGUGGCCAGGAGAUUAUUCCAUUGCUCUGCGAGUGCGAAUGUGGGAGAAUGGUGACAUUAUAAAUAUCUAUGAUGGUCAAGGUGGACAAAGGUUUGGCAUUAGUGCUGGUGGAGAAGGUGUCUUUAUUCGGUUGAAUGGGAUGACGCCAGUCCAAGUAUCAAGCAGUAAUGUAUCAACUGGGGGGUUUCAGAGAAUUCAUCUGUCAUUCUCAGGCAACUCAGUUCGAGUCAAAGUGGGUGGUCGUAGUACUGAUGAUUGUGGUACAACAACAACAACUACGCUUGGUAUGGGAACGGCAGACAGAGUAAUACCGAUUGACAAAAGCAUAGUCGUGCUUGGACGUGAAGGGGAUAGUGCUAUUGAGCCACCUCUAGCAACCAUUCAACAAAUAGUGUUUAUGCCAGAUGCUCAACAAGCAUACGACUGUCCGUAUGAGAUACCAUGCCCUGACCCCUUCCCAACACAGACACCUGGCAGUGCUUCAGGAAUAGUGAUGAGAGGCAUGAAAGGAGACAAAGGUGCAAAGGGACAGAAAGGACGUGCUCUUGAUGGACCACCUGGUCCACCUGGACUUCCUGGACUUCCUGGUAACCCUGGUCGCGAUGGACUUCCUGGACGUGAUGGUUUGCCUGGACCAAAGGGACCGAGUGGUGAUCGUGGUCCUGAUGGGUUGGCUGGUCCUGCUGGUCCACCUGGACCUGCUGGCCCCUCACAAUUCUACUUCACGGGAUAUGAUGCAUCAUAUUACAAAGAUCCUAAAGGCCCACCUUUGCCACAGAUGAUCACUGGAGAGAAGGGAGAAAGAGGUCCACAAGGUCCUGCAGGGCAACAAGGAAGGAAAGGACCUCCAGGCAAUUCUGGUGAAGACGGGCCACCUGGACCACCAGGAGAGAGAGGAUACAGAGGUCCACCAGGCACUCCAGGUCAGAGAGGUUCAUCAGGACGAGAUGGAGAGCCAGGUCCACAAGGAAGACCAGGAGCACCCGGUGCUCCAGGGCAAUCAGGAAAACCAGGUUUGCCCGGUCAUCAAGGACCUCCGGGUCCCAUUGGGGCUCCUGGAGCAAAGGGUCCCAUUGGCCGACCAGGUCAGGCAGGUAAAUCUGGUACUAAUGGUGAGAAGGGCGAGCGAGGAGCAGACGGUCAAGCAGGUCCAGUAGGACAACCAGGACCACGAGGUCCAGAAGGGCCCAAAGGACCAGUUGGUCCACCUGGUUCAAUAGGCCCACCAGGCCCACCAGGAGAGCCUGGCAAUCAAGGAGCGCUUGGACCAGCAGGAUUACCAGGACCACCCGGACCUCCUGGACGUAUUGGGUACAAGGGUGCUACCGGGCCACCUGGACCUCCAGGCAGUCGUGGAGCAACUGGUGGUGGAGGAAAGGAUGGAGUGCCAGGUUUGCCUGGCCGGCCAGGAAGUGAUGGAUCUGGCGGUUUGCCAGGUGUUGGAGGUGCCAAGGGCAUCAGGGGAACUCCUGGUAUUCCAGGACAGCGAGGAGAGGUUGGUCCAAUGGGACCAAAGGGUGCUGAAGGACCUCGAGGUCCUGGAGGUCUUCGUGGUCCUCAGGGACGUUCUGGAGAACCAGGUCAGAAGGGAGAGAGAGGAGAAAAGGGUGAAAAGGGUGAAAUCGGUAUGAUGGGUGAACGCGGUAGUGAUGGAGUCAAUGGACUAAAGGGCCAGCAAGGUCCAGCAGGAAUUCCUGGCUCUCCAGGACCUCCAGGCCCACAGGGUCCACGAGGUAGAAUCGGUUUGCCGGGUUUCCCUGGUCAGCACGGUCCGAAAGGAGAACAAGGAGACAGUGGCCAGAAAGGUCCAUCUGGACCACGUGGCAAGAGAGGUGCAAACGGUUUGAAUGGUGAGCCUGGACAACCCGGUCAACAAGGAAAUCCUGGUCCACGGGGAUACCCAGGCACACGUGGAAAUCCCGGCCUUACUGGAGAAUCUGGACAAGAUGGCGCAAGAGGAGAACAAGGAGAGAGGGGUCCCGUUGGUGUUCCUGGUCCUCGUGGUCCACCUGGUGAGAGAGGGCCUAAGGGUGCUGGUGGCAGAGACGGUCAAUCAGGACAGGAUGGUCCUCCAGGAAUUCCAGGUGAACGUGGAAGUGAUGGUUCAGGAGGUAUUCCAGGUCAGCGUGGUGUGACUGGUUUAUCUGGACCAAGAGGAUCGCCAGGAGAGAGGGGGCUUCCUGGACCACCAGGCGCAACAGGUGAACAAGGUCAACCUGGAAUAAACGGUCAAUCUGGGGAGAAAGGUGACAUGGGUCCAUCAGGAGCAAACGGACAAUCAGGACCUCCUGGUGAAAGAGGAGAUCAAGGGCCACCUGGUAGCUCUGGACCAACAGGUGAUGAUGGUGACAAAGGACCUAAAGGAUCUCCAGGAAGAGCUGGUCAGCCUGGACGACCUGGAUCUAAAGGAGGAGCUGGACCACAAGGACCACCUGGACUUCCUGGAUUACCCGGAGAGCGAGGGCCUCAAGGAGCUGUUGGUUCAAAAGGAACUCGAGGAGACACUGGUGAAAGAGGUACUGCUGGUGAAAAUGGUUUGGCUGGUCAAAGGGGUGCUCCUGGUCAAACUGGGCCUCCUGGAGCUGUAGGAGAACCUGGACUGAAGGGUGAAGCCGGACAACCUGGCGAAAGAGGUUCAUCCGGACCAAAGGGAAAAGACGGUAGUCCUGGGACUUUGGGUACACCCGGACAGCCUGGACCACCAGGACCUCAGGGUCCACCUGGAAUUUCUGGAACUGAUGGAUCAGGAGGAGAGAAAGGAACAUCGGGUUCAACUGGUCGGCGAGGUCCACCUGGACGUGUAGGUCCACCCGGAAGUCCAGGUUCUCAGGGUGCGCAAGGUGAUCCAGGUCUUCAAGGGGAACCUGGUGAUAGAGGUUUUCCAGGUCCAUCAGGUGCUACAGGAUUGCCAGGAGAACAAGGAGAGCAAGGCCCUACUGGUCCACCAGGAGCACCUGGGGAUGCUGGUAACAACGGUGCUAAGGGUGCUCCCGGUCCAAGAGGUUCCACUGGAGCUCCUGGCCCAAAUGGAGCAAGAGGAGAACAAGGAAGGGCUGGAGAACCUGGUGAUCCAGGGGAGCGAGGAGAACCAGGUCUGCCAGGUCCAGCAGGCCCAGCAGGACCUCCUGGCAUCAAAGGACCAAGUGGACCGCAAGGAGCUAAAGGAGAACGAGGAGUUGCUGGACCACCUGGACCUCCUGGCGAAGAUGGUGCUGAUGGUGCAAGAGGUGAUGAUGGUAGUGAUGGACCAAUGGGACCGACAGGCUCACCAGGUGCAGCUGGGAAAACAGGUGAUCCUGGCCCUGCUGGAUUGCCUGGAAACACCGGUGACCAAGGCCCGUCUGGUGAACCUGGCAAACAAGGAAAUCCUGGACAAACUGGACCAGCUGGUCCACCUGGACUGCCUGGUACUAGGGGACCGUCGGGACCGCCUGGUCCACGAGGACAACCUGGCCACGAUGGAGAAUCAGGAUUACCUGGUGAAGAUGGAAUACCUGGUGAUGCAGGAUCAUCUGGAGAAAUUGGUGACCCUGGACCUCAGGGAGACCUCGGUCCUCAGGGUGAGAAGGGCGACAAAGGAUUGCCUGGUGACAAAGGACCACAGGGAGAUCCAGGAAUACGAGGCGAUCCAGGCAGAGAUGGUGCACAAGGACCUGAAGGACCUGAAGGACCUAAAGGAGAUCGAGGCAACGACGGUCAGAAUGGAAGAUCUGGCAAGGAUGGUAUCAAUGGAGCUUCGGGACCACAAGGACCUCAAGGAGCAAGAGGACCACCGGGAUCCAUGGGUUUACCAGGACCCAACGGACCUCAGGGAGCACCUGGACCUCCAGGACCACCUGGGCAACCAGCUGUUUCACCUCCUGGCACUGUUGUAGCACAGCCAGGCACGUUUGGCUCAGAAAAGAAAGAUGACCAAUACUACCAAAGCACAAGGACUAAUGAUCAAUCUCUUUUCGUGCCAGUAUUCACUGACGUUCAGGACCGCGUGAAAAAAGCACUAAAGUCUCUUGUAAAACUUCAGAAACCUGAUGGUAGUCGUGACAACCCAGCUCUCAGCUGUAAAGACUUAAAAGCAUGCUAUCCUGACAAAGAAGAUGGCUCUUACUAUAUUGAUCCCAAUGAGGGGUGCUCAGCUGAUGCUUUCGAAGUUUACUGCAAUUUCACUGGAGGAAACCUUACCUGUGUAGAGCCUAAGAUUAGAACACUUGAAACGAAUGGUAACCAUAAGUAUUCGUACAGUGGUGGAAAAGUACAACUUCGAUUUUUGAAACUCUUAAGUUAUCAAGGGCACCAGCAGUUCUCAUAUAGAUGCUGUGAUCACUCUCGUAAUGAAACUCAGGAGACUACAUCUCAACUCUCCAAUCCGAUACCAAUACCAACUGAAGACAAUUCCUUGCAAGCUCAGAUUUUAGGUUAUUCUGGAACAGAAGUUGGAGACCUUGGACAGUACCUACAGCGUCGGGAGUUCCAAUCGUCAUCAUGUUCUGAAUAUGGAGGGAAAAUGAAGCAGUCAGAAUAUUUGUUCAGAGAAUUAGAGACGCUACCAGUGGCAGAGUUUACGCCACCCUCAACCUGUGCUGAAGAACAACUAGAUGUGAAGUUGGGACUUGUCUGCUUUGCGUAACUUAUUCCGUAUAAGCACCUGGAAGAUGUGGUAUAGAGAAAGACACGGAAUAACUGAGAGGUCUUCGCGUCGACUUUGUAGAUUUCUUACUCGCUCCGUGUGUUUUGGUUUUGUAUGAUCACUUGAUCGUUUGUCCGGCGCGUCUGUUUUGUGCUCGUCCGUGUGUACCUCCUAUGUACUACUAAGUCUAAGUGUAGCUUCUCAGUUUAGUAUCGUUUGCCGUACGAUUUUCAUCCAGCAACAGCUAAGAAUUUAUGGUGAACGUUGGAGACAUAAUUUAGCAGCA